AUGCAGUCUCCACAUGAAAAUUGGACAUUGGUGACAGAAUUUGUCUUGGCAAGUUUCACAGGCAUCCAGGAGGCAUGGUUGCCUCUCUUUGGCUUCUUCCUAAUCAUGUACUUGCUAACGCUGAUGGAAAAUGGCAUCCUGGUCUUAGUGGUAGCAACAGGAAAGCGCUUACACACCCCCAUGUACUUUUUUCUCAUCCAUCUCUCCUUCUUGGACAUUUGGUAUACCUCUCUCACUGUGCCCAAAAUGCUGGCCGGGUUUGGAUAUCCAGCAGGUCAGAGGAUCUCUUAUUCAGCCUGCUUGACUCAACUUUAUCUCUUCACUUUCUUGGGCAGUACAGAAUGCUUCUUGCUGGCAGCCAUGGCCUAUGACCGCUAUGUGGCUAUUUGUAUCCCUCUGCGGUACCAAGAGAUUGUAGAUCAAAACACCUGUCUGAUUCUGGCAAUUGGCUCGUGGUUAACUGGUUUUCUUACCCCAGUGCUGCCUGUUUAUUUCAUGUCACAGUUGACAUUUUGUGGCCCCAAUGUGAUAGAUCACUUCUUCUGUGAUGCUUCACCACUCCUUAUUCUCUCCUGCACUGACAUUUCACUGAAGGAAUCAGUAGACUUCUCGGUCUCUCUUUUCGUACUGUUGAUCUCCUCUUCGGUUAUUAUAACAUCAUAUGUUCAUAUUAUCAUUACAGUGCUCAGAAUUAACUCGUCGGUUGGACGGCAACGAGCCUUUUCAACCUGUACUGCCCACUUAAUGGUAGUGGCUGUUUUUUAUGGGACACUCUUCUUUAUGUAUGUCCGAAUCAAAGUAACCUCCUCAAUCAACCUCAACAAGGUGGUGUCAGUCUUUUAUGCAAUAGUCACGCCUGUCCUUAACCCUCUAAUCUACAGUUUAAGGAAUACAGAAGUAAAGGCUGCUUUAUGUAGAAUUAUUUUCAAGAAAAAGCCAGUUGUAAUGUGA